UGUACCAUUUUGAAAAUGAUAUGUGAUUAUGAUAAUCCCAUUCUCUUUGUCCCCAGAAACAGCACCUAUAGCUCCUCAACUUUUGAUGAAUCUGAUGAUUUGCCAAUGACCCAAGACGCAGAGAUCUGUUUGCUGAAGUCAGGAGAAUUGAUGCUAAAGUUGCCUCUCACAGUGGAGGAGAUUUUAAAGUUUGGAGAAGGUACCAGAGAACUGUUCAUUAAGUCAAGUACUUACAGCAUUAUUCCAAUUACUGUGGACGAGACUGGCCUUACAAUAAGUUGGGUAUUUUCAUCAGACCCAAAGAGUAUAUCAUUCAGCGUGGUGUACAAGCAAUCAGAAGAAACCUCUCUGGAUCAAUGUAAAGUUCUUAUUCCUAUGACUCGCUGCAACUCUCACAAGGAAACCAUCAGAGGGAAUGUAAAAGUCCGAAACGCUGGAAUUUACAUACUUAUUUUUGACAACACCUUUUCUAGGUUUAUCUCAAAAAAAGUAUUUUUCCACUUAUCUGUUCAACGGCCAGUGGUUUAUGAUGGAAGUGAUUUUCCAUAGUUUUUCCUGUAUGAAAUAUCUUGGAAGAAGUUAUUUUUAUAUGACUGUGUGUGUGUGCGCGUGCAUGUGUGUGUGUGUGUACACACAUACAUAUGAGGCACUAAAAUCACAGAAGGAUAUAAAAUCCUCCUAGAAUUAUGCAAUAAUUCAGAAACCAUACUUAAAUAUAUGUGCAUACAGAAAGAAACAGCACUUCCAUGAGAGCAAUAAUGAUUCUGGAUUGUGUGCCAAUUAUUCAAAAGCCAUUUUGUUUGUUAAACAGACAAUACAGUAUAUUCUGCUGGAUUUGAUACCAAAAAUGGUUCUGAAUACAUAUUUUUAAAAA